AAUUAAUAAUAAAAAAAAUACAUCAGUCAAAUAAUUGCGUCAAAUAAAUGAACAAACAGUGUUGGGGAGUAACUAUAGUUACAAGUAACAUGUGACUGUAAAUAGUUACAGAGAAAAAGUGUAGUCAUAUUACAUAUUUUAAUCAAAAUGUUAACGAUAACAAAGGGGAUUAGUCGGAAUGUUUUCUCACACAUGCUGAUUUCAUUUAUCCCCCUCCCCAGCAUGUGCAUAAACCCAAAUUUAUUUCUACGGUAUUUGGGUUUCUUUUAUUUUUUAGAUUUUUAGAUUUUAGAUAUUCUUUCGCAGAUUAGCUGCUUUGUUAGGUGUCAGUGUUUCCUGACAUAUUUGUUUUUCAAAAAACUUUUAUAGCUAUAUCUUGUUAUGACUUUAAAUCUGUAUUUAACCUCGAAAGGAACGCUGAGGUUAAAUGUAGGUGCUAAAGUCUGAUUUUGUGGUGUUUGUACCUUAAAAAUAAAUAAAAGGAUUUUAAGAUUUUAUAGAAGGAUUUUAAACAGUCUGACAGUAAUCAGUGUGGAGCACUGGUGUAGGAUUAAUUCAUUAAUUAGUUACAUUAGCCUACUUUGCUACUUAUUACAUAGGGUACUUUAAUCUGUAACUUAUGACAUUUCUAAAGUAACAUGUAACACUGUAAAUAAAUAAUAGAAAUAAAAUAAAAAUACAUUAUAUAGAUGUGUAUUUAGGAUAAUCUACAAUUGUGUUGUUAUUAUUAUUGUUUUAUAUGAGAAUCUGCAAGAUACAAUACACAGGCAGUUGUAGAGUUAAUGUGGUAAACUCAUUCAUAUGAAGCUGAAAGUUUAAUUGAUUUUCCAUAACUCAUCUGUUGUAACACUCAAACUGGCAAGGCUCAGCAUGGACAUGUCACGCCAGAUCAUUCCUGUAAAUGUGUUCUUUCUUUCUUUCUUUCUUUCUUUCUUUCUUUCUUUCUUUCUUUCUUUCUUUCUUUCUUUCUUUCUUACUUACUUUCUCUCUUUCUUUCAUAUUUAGCAAAUUGUUUGGUUAAGUACAGUCAAAUUGUUAAGCCAUUAUUAUAAAAUGAUUCAAAAAAAAAAUUAUUAAUUGCAACCUUUAACUAGCUGGAACAGGUUCUGACCGAAACCCAAAGCAUAUACUUCCAUCAUUUACCAUCAUUAACAAAGAGCCCUUUAGAAGGUUUUGAUCUGACCUGCUCAAAGCAAUAUGUGACUGGUAAAAAGCACAGAAGCGUUCUGGAGGAGGUGCUUGGUCACACCUUAUAUAUAGAGACAUCUGAAAAGCGUAAAUCACUUGAGCACCAGUCUGGUUCUCGUUGAUCUGCAGGACUACAGGGAACAGGCAGUUCUGUUUUGACGGCUACUGAUCUAGACUGAAUCAGGGCUCAGAACAGAAACUAUUUUUCCAGGAAUAAGGGUGGAACACUUCAGCUGGAUUUUGUGACAUACAAUUUUUUAAAAUGGGUACUUGGAUAAGAACCAUAUUCAGUUUACAGUUAAUGUUGCAACUAUUUGAUACAGUGAUAACACAAGGAAUUGUCUAUGAUCUUCUGGUGUCACCGGAUUGCUUACCUGACCUUUUGCAAGGAGGAAUACAGGCGAAGAACAUGGACAAUGCUUUUAUCCUUGCAAGCCUUCAGCUGCAAAACAAAACUUCAUCUCGGGUCUUCCGGAUCUUCAAUGCCCUGGACAACACAGAUUAUUUUGAUUUCACCGUUCAAGGGAAAACCAACAGAGUCGUUUUGAAAUUUCUGAAAAGCAAUGGAAAGAUUGGAACAAUCAGUUUCAGUAAAGUGCAGCUGACAGAUGGUCAGCAACACCAUAUACUGCUCCACUUCAGCGGGCUGCAGCAGGGCACCCCCGCCAUGGCCCUCUAUGUGGACUGCAGGCUGGUAGAGAGAGUGCAGGACGUCCCGCUAGCCUUCAAAUCACUGCCGCAGGGCCGGAAACGAGUCACACUCAAGACACUGCCAACAUCAUCCCAGGACAAGUUGACAGACCUCAAACUCGUGCUUGAUGAGUCUAUUGAUAAUGUGGUGGAGCUUCAGGACUGCAGUGAUACAGAGCAGGGGGAACAGACGGAAACACUGCAACUCCUGGGAACAACUUCAAAAAUGAAUGCUGGUCCAAUGUUUGAGCUCAUGCGAAUGAUCCAAGAGUUGAAACAGAAGGUUGAUCAGCAGACCAAAGAAACCGCUGACUUGAGAAAGACUAUCAUGGAGUGUGUUCAAUGCAAUGAUGCGGUUGGAUGGGACAAAGCAGGACUACAGAAUAAAAAGCAGUCCAAGUGCAGGCCAGGGGUCUGUUUUAAGCCGGAUAUGUGUAUUGAAACAGCUGAAGGUGUGGAAUGUACACCCUGUCCUCAGGGCUACACUGGAGAUGGGGUUCGAUGUGACGAUAUAGAUGAGUGCCAGUUCGACCCAUGCUUCUCUGGUGUUCGGUGUAUUAACACUGUACCAGGGUUCAGAUGUGAGAAGUGUCCACAAGGCUUCACUGGUCCAGAUAUUCAGGGUGUGGGCGUUCACUAUGCCCAGACAAACAAACAAAUAUGUAAUGAUAUUGAUGAGUGCCAGGUUGAUAAUGGUGGCUGCACACCCAAUUCAUUCUGCCAUAACACAGUGGGUGCAUUUCACUGUGGGAUGUGCAGGACUGGAUUUACAGGUGACCAGAAUAGCGGCUGCGUAAGUACUGGCCUGGACCCUGCUCCUCUAGUUGACAGGCUGUGUGGGAACGGCCAGCCAAACCCAUGUGACAUCAAUGCAGAGUGUGUUGUGGAAAGAGAUGGGAGCGUCAGCUGUGCGUGCAAAAUUGGCUGGGCAGGAAAUGGCUACGUGUGUGGAAAAGACACAGACAUCGACGCUUAUCCAGAUAGUAAACUUCAGUGCAGAGAUGGAACCUGCAAGAAGGAUAACUGCAUGUUUGUUCCAAACUCCGGCCAAGAAGACGCAGACAGAGAUGGAAAGGGAGAUGCGUGUGAUGAGGAUGCAGACAGUGAUGGCAUCUUUAAUGAUCAGGACAACUGCUGGUUGGUUCCUAACAUAGACCAGAAGAACAGUGAUAAAGAUCUCCAUGGUGAUGCUUGUGAUAAUUGCGUCAACGUGGAGAACGCGGACCAGCGGGACACAGAUAAAGAUGGACUGGGAGAUGCCUGCGAUGAUGACAUAGACGGAGAUGGUUUGAAGAACUUCCUGGAUAACUGCCAGAGGGUUCCCAACCCUGAUCAGAAGGACAAAGAUAAUGAUGGUGUUGGUGAUGCAUGUGACAGCUGCCCUGAUGUGCCAAACCCCAAUCAGUCUGAUGUUGACGAUGAUCUUGUUGGAGACACUUGUGACACAAACAUUGACAGCGAUGGAGAUGGUCAUCAGAACACCAAAGACAACUGCCCCAACAUCAUUAACAGCGCACAGCUGGACACUGAUAAAGAUGGGCUCGGAGACAAGUGUGAUGAUGAUGAUGAUAAUGAUGGCAUUUUGGAUGAUGAAGAUAAUUGUAGACUGGUACCAAACCCAGACCAAAAGGACGAAAACAAUGAUGGGGUGGGUGAUGCCUGCACUGGAGACUUUGACAAAGAUCAUGUGAUAGACCGAAUCGACACCUGCCCUGAGAAUGCAGAGAUCACUUUGACUGACUUCAGAGCCUAUCAGACCGUGGUUCUGGAUCCAGAGGGAGAGGCUCAGAUCGACCCCAAUUGGGUUGUUCUUAAUCAGGGGAUGGAGAUUGUCCAAACCAUGAACAGCGACCCGGGACUAGCUGUUGGAUACACAGCAUUCAGUGGCGUAGACUUUGAGGGCACCUUCCACGUGAAUACAGUGACCGACGACGACUACGCAGGCUUCAUCUUCGGCUACCAGGAUUCCUCCAGCUUCUAUGUGGUGAUGUGGAAGCAGACGGAGCAGACGUACUGGCAGGCAGUGCCCUUCCGAGCCGUGGCUGAGCCUGGCAUUCAGCUUAAGGCUGUGAAGUCUAAAACCGGGCCUGGGGAGUUCCUGAGGAAUUCUCUGUGGCACACAGGAGACACAAACAAUCAAGUGCGCUUGCUGUGGAAAGACCCUCGUAACGUCGGCUGGAAAGACAAGGUGUCCUACCGCUGGAAUCUGAAGCACAGACCCCAAGUGGGAUACAUCAGUGUGAAGUUUUAUGAAGGUACCGACUUGGUUGCAGACUCUGGAGUUGUUAUUGACACCAGUAUGAGAGGAGGCCGUCUCGGAGUGUUCUGCUUUUCACAGGAAAACAUCAUCUGGUCCAAUCUGAGGUACCGCUGUAAUGACACAAUUCCGGAAGACUAUACAGAACAAGCCAAGGAGUAAUGAAACCGGAGAGCACUACUAGUGACGUGACUGAUGUUUGGGGUACUUUUAUUUCUAGUACAACAUGGGCCUUUUACCGACUUUUGCAUUCAAGACAAAUCCAGUUUUAUAGUUAUGCUGAAUUUACACUUCUGAAAUGUUUACUGCACAAAAAUACAGUUCAGCAGGAAAGAACGAAGCUUGUGUGUUACGAAACGCUCAAUAAAUGUUUUAAUAUGAAUAAAUACAUUGAAAUGGUCAGGUUUUGUGCUUGGAGAAUAUUGUAGACAUGUAAUCUUAAAGUGACAGUUUAAACAAAUGUAAAAAUAAAAUGACUAUAAAAAUAUAAAAAAAAUACGAUAAUAUAAAAUAAAAAAGUUUUGGGGUCAGUAUAAAGGUUUUCAACAUUCAUAAAUGUUUUCUUAGGCAGUAAAUCAGCUAUAGUAGCUGCAAAAAAAAUCAGCAUUCCCUUCAAAAGGAAUAAAUUACAUUUUUUAAAUAUAUCGAAAAAUUUAAAAAUAUAUUUUAUUAAAUAUAUUCCUUGGUGAGCAUAAGAGACUUCUUUCAAAAACUUUAAUCCACAGAGAAAAAAAUAAAAAGGUUGUUUCACCAUAAAUUGCACUUAAAAUUUCAUAUAGUAUACGUGUUAGCCAUUUCCUUUCUGUGCACAACUACAAAUUAAAAAAACCCAUGUAUUAAAACAUUAAAUAAAGUAACAGACUUACACCAUUUUAUUCAUUUGCUUUUUUUAUUGAAAGAACUGGAAAUAUCAAUAAAAACACUAAAAAGAAUGUUGAUCCUGCAGCAGUUAAACACGUAUGACUUCCUUUCAUGGAACGUACUGAAAUGAUAGGAAAAAGUAAAUAACAAUAAAGAAAGAAAAAACAAAUCUAUGCAUAUAAAUGAGGACAAGAGUUGUUUGUAAACUUGCUGUACAUAUUUUUGGAUUAUAAUGUCUUCAUGCAAAAUUAGUGAAAACAGCACAAAGCGCGAGAUUACAUUUUUUGCAAUAUUAUGAGUACAUCUAGUGGUCAUCUUUACAAUGGGCUAUUUACAUAAAGCACAUAUUGCAAUCAAAUGUCACUUAUGUUUAGCAUAUUUGUAAAUAAAGAAAAACAAUGUUUAAUCCAGACAAACAUUUUAAACCAAAUACUAAGCAUUCGAUUUUUCAUGAACAGUAUGCUUACAGCUUAAUGCAGUUGUAGCAGGUAGAGUUUAAGGCAAUCGUUACCUAUUUGCUAAUUCUGAUUUAUAUAAAGGCCAAAAACAUCAUCACAGGAAUAUAAACACAUGCCGGCUCUAAUCUAGAGAUUUUGGUUUGUCAAAGCAAGUGGGACAGCUACAACUGCUACACAGGAAUAACCAUAAAAUGUCAAAUAAUUCCAGUUCUAGAUAUUUCCUUCAUCGACAACACUUUAUUAUUAUUAUUUUUUUUUUUUACCAGGGAGCAUCAGAAGCGCUGCAUUAAGUCUAAUACGUGCAUCUCCUGUAAACUUAAACUGAAUACCACAAACAAGAAACACAAACAUGCACUUAUAGCAACAAAAACCUCUUCAAGAUUAAAUAGAAUAGCUGUAACAAUGCGUUUUAAGUAUAAAAGAUCGUACAAACUCAUUUUUUGACAAAUGACAUGCUUGCAAGUCUAGUGCAUGAGCUGGAAUAAAAUAUUAUAGGACAUCCAUGUUCUAAAGCACCAUUUAAAUUGUAACGAAAAUCGAAAAAAAUAAGAAAAAUCUAUAGCUUCAGUGUUGCUGUUGGCCAUGUAACAAUUUGUGUGGCAGUUUGGGGUUUUGGGGCAUAACGGUGUGGCCUUGGCUUUGCCCGUCCGGUCCAAAUCAUCAUAAAAACAUUUACUGGGAAUGGCAGUCGCAUGCUUUCCUUAAAACGGUGAUUCACAGGAAACAGCACGUGGAAUUAAUCACUACCUGAGAUUUUUUGAUGGAGCCGAAAGACAGGAAACUCGCGAAGGAAUGUUGCGGACAUAUUUGGAAAUAUUGUUUUGGUGUUGUUUCAUAAGGAAUUAUUAGGGUGCUUCAAUAAAUGCAGUAACGUGACAUCUCAUGUGAGUACAUUUAUUCACAUAUAUGUACAAGGGAUAAUUUUGCACAGUCGUUUCUUAGCUGGUUUUGAUCAUGUUUCCAUGAGUGCAACUGGUGGUGUAGUGUUGUGGUUUUGCAAGGCAGCGCUCUCCUAACUAAAGAAAAAAGAGAUCAAUUAAAUAAAUAUGUACAUUUACUCAAAUAGGAAGUCUUGUUGCCUUAGUGAAACACCCUUAAAGUGAAAUACUACUACAAAACACGCUUGAAGACCUUUCGAGAAGAAACGAACGAAU